GCCAUUUUUUUACCUUGCCAGUUUUAGUCGGGUCCUGCUAGACUGAAGCAGUCAUCUCACACGCAGAGCUUAAUAGCCGCUACAAUGCUUCCUAGCUUCCUCCAGGAUAGUUACAGGCAGUACAAAAACGACACUUACCGGUUCGCAAUAUGGCUGGUCAACUUUGCGAAGAAGGCUGGCCUUGAACCUGCCUCUCUUUCUUCCACUCCAGCGGCCAAGACGAAGAAAAAAGAUGCCAGCUCUGCAUCCAAGGCAGCUAAAUAUCAAGUCACUGUAGGGGAGCUUUUGCGCUCGCGCGAGCUAUUUCUAACAACAGCCUCAAAGCGCCCUUCCGGAUGCUCAACGUUGCCAAACGUGCUAUUGCGCUCCAUAAUAAUGUGACUUUGUGGUUUUUAGGAUGGGAUCGCGAUGCCGUCGACAAAAGACAUGCCCAUUUUAUUCAGGUUUUGGAAGAAAUCUGCGAGCUUCUUUCCUGGGAAACAACGCCGUCAUCUGGCUCAACGAGCACUGCCCACCCCGACAAGAAACCUACUGGCAUAGUCGAAGAUCACGACUCGUCCGCGCCCGCUUGGGUUAAUCGGCUUGCUUCUCUCGUUGUCGAAGACGCUGAAGAUGAAUUAGCAGCGUCAACUACUACUAGUGUUGUCCAGCUGGAAGUUGUCGAGAAUGACGCAGAGGAACCUGAUGACGACUUCCUGUCCCAGUCCUUUUUCAGAAUUCUAUGCUUGCUCCAUGAUUUGUCAAACUGGAGACGCUUUUUGUCCGACACCUGGACUGAAUAUAGCUGCUCCAAGGUCGAUCUCGCGACUGCCGCUGUAGUCACAGACACCGCCCUGCAGCUAGCGCGAGAUUUGGUCCAAGAUGUCUUGGAGGACCUCCAGCACCAAUUCCCUGUAGGAGGAGUAGGCCUGCAACAACUGGUUGUUUCCGUGGCUGCCCAGCGCGCAGGGAUCUCUUUGCACCCAUCCCUAUCACAGCAGGGCGGCCUGCCUUAUAACGAGGAACUGGCAGAUAUCGCUGAAUUUGCGUUCUUUCCCACCGGGGUCCUGCUACAGUCAUUCCUCGCCGUUCUCCAAAACGACAACAUUCCCGUUUACAAGCCAGGUUACUACGGCAGCUAUAACGCAAAGGCGGAUCGACCCAAGAUGUCCGUUGUCGAAAAAUUCAAUGAGGACAAGAUUCUUUUGCUGGAGCUUCUUCCCGAAUAUUGCGUGGUUGCAAAUUUUGGCGCCCUUUUGCCUGUGCGCGACGAGAUCACCGCCGACUUCGUCUAGUAUUACACUACUAAAGAUUUCAACUUGUGACACUGCUUUGCCUCUCAAGUCGUCCUCGACGCCCACCACGCUACUCACUACUGCCGCCUGAGCGCCGCCGCAGACCUUCGUAUGAACGGCUUGUGCAUCGCGAGAACCAUCGACGACCAUUUCAAGCUAUCCAAGACUCACCCGCACCCGGAAUUCUGGCCGAAAGAGGGAGACCUGGAGAUUGAAAAGAUACGGAACCUCAUCGCGACCUGGAUCGAAGGAGAUCCUCUUUUGGCAGAAAAAGUGGAUGCCUACUCCAUGAUCGACAAAAACAAUCGGUCUGGCGCCCAUCAGCUCUUAUUGUCACGAAACCCUGUCAUUUGCGGUAUCUUGGUCUUCUUCCUCAAGGUCCGCAUGCAGAUCAUCGGGCAAUCUCUCCUGUUGCAGUGGUUCGAUGUGCAGCAGCUGGCCUUCCUCUACAACCUGGUUCAGUUGACUCCCGGCCUCAAGUUCCCUUGGCCAGACAUGAAGCUCUUCAUCAAAAUCCACGGAGAGAGUAACAUCUUUGUCGGCGACCGACCAAAAGACGCAGCGCAGUCCUUCAACCGACUUGAGCUGGUCACGGGCAUAUCAUCCGCCACUAGGUUUGCCAAAGAUUCCCGGAAAAAGCAAGUCCAUCUCAGUAACGUGCUAGCCCGCUCGCACUGUUGCAGCGGAUCUUCGUUUAGGCAACCAAGUGGAGCACACACAGCUACUUCGAGAGACUUUGGCAGAUGGCUGAACAGAGCAAGAAGUGGAUGUUUGCAGCUAUUAUGUGGCCAAAUCUGGAUCUUCCGACAUCUUGUCAAGUAGCCUCACGUAGCCCUAUGCUGUCCCCACAUUUUGAAGAUUGAAUGUCUGUAUUGAAGGCGGAAGAAGCAUUUGCUCCAAUGUACUGCCAAAGUCUCAUGUAAUUAUAUAUCUCUGGUAACUGAAGGGUCCGCUUAACUUGACGGUGGUGGCUACCAGACUAGUGUGUUGGGUUCGACGCGCAUUAGAUUGCCAGUAGGCUGUUGCCGCUUCAAUUCAGAAAUUUAUCAUGCAGCCACUUGUUGACCAAAGCUUCUAGGAUAUCGACGCUGGGAGGCCGCGCCCCAGCCUUGGUCGCUAGAUUUGCUUGCUUGAGGUGUUCACAGAUGGACAGAGAUCAUUUCAAUGGAUGAAGCAAAAACAGUCUGCAUGUAUUAAAUAGGGGUUAACCUGUUCCAUUGCCUCAAAUGGGCGGUCACGAUAGGACACCCUAUCAUGGAUUCAACGGCAACAGGGACUCUGCGGUAUAGAGUUGAGCUCAGAGAAUACAAGAAGCAGGACUGUUGGGUCUAGAUAGAAUCUGAGUAACGACAAACAAACACAGAGGCUAAAGGAGAAUCAAGACAAUGAAUGCGCCACAAAGAGAUCAACAAAGGGCCUAACUGUGAAUAAACAAGCGCCAGGGACAGCUUCCAAGGACUAGCGAGGAUAGACCAACUAGUUUGUAAUGGGUCACCCCAACUGUCGUUCACUCCAUCGAAACAGCACAGCGCCGUGCAGUGCGAAAACGGCCAGAGUCAGGCAGAGCCAAGCCUGUUGCUUUUCAAAUUAAGAGAUUCAACACUUCUGGAAUUCUGUAAUGCUUUAUCUCUCGUCUCUGCAUCCUGAUAUCCAUCGAUUACUUUGUGCUGGGUACGGAUCGUCUGAUACUGGAGUUCAUUACCGAGCUGGAGUUCGCGAACUUGGUUUUGUAGAGCUUCAAUGAUAGCACACUUCUCCCGCAGCAGUUGCUUUUGGUCAAAGUUCUCCUCAAUGAUGAAGCACAGAGUUCUGGUAGGGUCUAUGCUUGCCAUUGUGGUUAAGAAAAGUUGAAAGUAAGGCUGUAAUCUGUGAAAGAAAGCUUGGUACAAAGUCGUC